AUGAGUUUCAAGUUCCUGACCGAGCGUGUCGCGAUUGUCACCGCCUCAACGAAGGGCAUCGGGUUCGCCAUAGCCCGCAGAUUGGGCCUGGACGGAGCAAAAGUUGUAGUCAGCAGCAGAAAACAACGGAAUGUGGAGGUAAGAGGUCGCCAUGUGUUUUCUUUAUGCUUAGGAAGCAGUAAAAGCACUCCAGAUGGAUGGCGUUGAGUGUGCUGGUUGUGUUGCCCAUGUAGGAAUUGAUGCUGACCGAAAGAAGCUCAUCGACUUCACCAUCGACCGGUAUAACAAACUAGACAUCUUGGUAUCAAAUGCCGCCGUUAAUCCUCACUUCGGAGAAAUCACUGGUUGUUCGCAAGCUCAAUGGGAGAAACUGAUAUCUGUGAAUGUAUGCGUUUAACUUUUUUUGCAUGUUUUUUAGGUACGGUCUGCAUUUUUGUUGGCUCAAGAGUCGGUACCUCAUCUGGAGAAGUCGGAAGAGGCUUCUAUUGUUUUUGUUUCUUCGGUCGCCGGUUAUUCCCCUCUGGAAGGGAUUGGUGCUUACAGUGUAAUGAAGUCGGCCCUGAUUGGACUCAACAAAUCUCUAAGUCAAUCUUUGGCCCACCGAAAUAUCCGAGUUAAUGCCAUCGCCCCAGGUAAUUACAUUUGUGAUUUUCUCAAAAAAACUUAUCUCAUUUUUUAGGUAUCAUUCGAACAGAUUUCUCCAAGGCAAUCACUGGAGGAGAAUCCGCUGACAUAUAUACAGAGAAGCUGAUACCCUUAGGACGAUUUGGAGAAGCCGAAGAGUGCGCUGGAGCCGUUUCUUUCCUCGCUUCAGCCAGUGCCAGUUACAUCACUGGAGAAACGAUCGGAGUAAACGGAGCCAUGCAGGCCAGAAUCUAA